AUGGCCAUGGGGAGAGGCGAUGUUCAAGCAACACCUGGCGCGCUACAGCUGCAACAGGAGUUCCGUUUCGCCCGCUCCGCCAGUGCCUCUUGCUCCGCAGGGUGCGCUCUCGCCAACCGCCUCACGGCCGACGGCACAGCCAGCGUGCUGCUUCUCGAAGCCGGAGGACUGGAGGACGCCGCUGUGCAGGUGCCCUUGUUCUCGGUUCUCUUGGAGCGCACCGAUAUCGACUGGGCCUACAUCAGCGAACGACAGCACAAUGCCAGCUUAUCCAUAGACGCUCAGGUGAACAGAUUCCCGCGUGGCAAAGUGCUCGGUGGCUCGAGUUCCAUCAACAACAUUAUCUAUGCUCGCGGAAAUCGAAAAGACUUUGAUAGAUGGGCAUCUGAGUAUGGCGCGGAGGGCUGGUCGUACGGCGAUGUGUUUCCAGACUUCAUCAGCAUUGAAACGUCGUACCUGGGAAUCGACAAUGCGCAGUCGAACUCAUCUAGGGCAGGAGUCGUCAACGACCCUCCGGUGGCGCUCGAAGCCAAAAAGCGCGGGUCGUCCUCCGACGUGAGAGUCUGGAAGAUGCGUUGUCCUUCCAAGCCCAAGCAGUUGAGCAGAAUCGCCUUCCGACGCAUGGCAGGAUACCAUGGAGAAAGUGGAGAAGUCCCUGUAAGUUUUCCUACUUCGCAUACGAAGGCUAGCGACUUGUUCUUAGAGGCUGGCAGGGAACUUGGUUACAGCAACGACGACUAUAAUGGGCCGAACCAGACAAGCUUUUCACGCGUACAAAACAACAUUAAGAACGGAGAGCGCUGGAGUUCAAGUCGAUCCUUUAUCACAACCGACGUCCGCAGAAGAAAAAACUUCGACGUCGCACUAUAUUCGCAUGUGACGAAGGUUCUUUUUCAAGGCGCAACUGCUAUAGGAGUGGAGUACAAGCGCGACCUCGGAACACACACCGUUCUGGCAAAGAAAGAAGUAAUUCUUUGCGCUGGAGCCAUAUCCUCUCCGCAGCUACUGAUGCUUUCCGGCAUAGGACCUCGAGAACAUCUCGAGUCUCUUGGGAUCAACGUAAUUGCAGACCUUCCUGUAGGCGAAAACCUAUUCGAUCACGUCACCGUGAACGGAAUAGCGGCAACCACUCCGGAGCACCUCGAAAUCAACUAUUAUUUACCGUCUACAGUGCCGCUGUAUUCGAUGUUUAGAACAGGGCCACUUACCCAUGCUUAUGGUGUCGAAUGUGUCGCCUUCUUAAGCACGCCAAGCACCGAUCCCACGCUGCCGAACAUUCAAUUUCUUUUCGUGACGCUCAAUCCCGCCACUAUUGAAGCGGGAUACGUAGCCGGCGUACUAGGAAUUUCGCAGAUUUAUGAAAGUUACUACAAGCUGAAGCUGGGGCAAAAUGUGUUCAUGAUUGUGCCAGUACUUUUGCAUCCACGAUCAUCUGGUUUCAUCCGGCUGAAAAGCAGAGAUCCUGAAGAAUAUCCCAUUAUUGACCCUCGAUUUCUUACAAAUAUCACAGACCUUGACACGCUAGUCGAAGGCGCCAAGGUCGCCCUCCAGACACUGAGAACUCAAGCUAUGAAGAAGGCCAACGCAACCAUUUGGGACGCCGCCCUGCCAGCGUGCGAGUCGGCAGGACCAUUGUGGAGCGACUCGUACCUGCGAUGCUUUGUGCAGCACGCUUCACUCAGUGGUUGGCACCCUUGCUGCACUGCGCCCAUGGGGACGCAUCCGCACGCUGUACUAGAUGCGAGACUCAGGGUCCUCGGCGGUAUUAAAAAACUACGCGUCGUGGAUGCCUCAUCGAUGCCUGACCUUCUGGCUGGAAACCUUAAUGCGCCAGUUAUGAUGAUGGGACACCGAGCAGCCGCCAUAAUUAUUGAAGACAAUUUGGUUCAAGAGUAAGAAUCCAAUAAUCAAGAAUCACUAUGCUGCCUUUCAAUAAAAGAUAA